AUGUUCUCGAUGCGUGCGCCGACACGAACGGCACGCUCCAUCGACAUGGGCGCCUCCAGCAGCCUCCUGUGGCGAGCCGCCUUUCCGGCGCGUCACGCGGCGAGCAAGCCGUCGCAGAAGACGACCAACGGAAAUUCGCUGCUCGGAACGCUGCUGAUGCCCCUGCUGCCCGUCUUCCUCGAGAGCAACCCCAUGCCGAACGGGUUUCCGUGGAGCCUCCUCGACGUCGACACCAACUACUACAGGACCUGUCCCCGCACGGGCGUCAUCCGGUCCUACGACUUCACCGUCAGCAGGGGCCUCGUCGCGCCCGACGGCCACGAGAAGCACGCGUUGCUGGUGAACGGCGCGUUCCCCGGCCCGCUCAUCGAGGCCAACUGGGGCGACACCAUCCAGGUGACGGUCCGCAACAACAUCAGCGGCCCCGAAGAAGGCGUGGCCUUGCACUGGCACGGCUUCCUCCAGACGGGCAAGCCGUGGCAGGACGGCGUGCCGGCCGUGACGCAGUGUCCCAUCGCCCCCGGCCGGCAGUUCACCUACUCGUUCGAGGCCGAGCUCUACGGCACCAGCUGGUACCACUCGCACUACUCGGCCCAGUUCGCCGGCGGCCUCUUCGGGCCCAUGGUCGUCUACGGGCCGCGCGAGAGGGAGUACGACGUCGACGUCGGUCCCGUCAUGCUCUCCGACUGGCACCACGGCGCGUACGCCGACCUCGUCCACGAGGCCAUGAGGCCGCACGGCAAGGCCUCUCCGUCGGACAACAACCUCAUCAACGGGAAAAACGACGCCGGCUGCGCCCUCGGCGACGACGGGACUGCACCCUGCCGCGGCGACGCCGGCGUGUCCCGCUUCCGCUUCCGGCGCGGCAAGACGCACCGGCUGCGGCUCGUCAACGCCGGGAGCGAGGCGCUGCAGCGCUUCUCCAUAGACGGCCACAGCAUGACGGUCAUCGCCAACGACUUCGUCACGGUGGAGCCGUACGAGACCGACGUGGUGACGCUCGGCGUCGGCCAGAGGACCGACGUGCUCGUCAGGGGGCACCUCGCCCCCCGGUGGGACGCGUACUGGAUGCGGGCCAACAUCUCGGUGCCGUGCAGCCUCACGAAGCAGCCUCACGCCGUGGCCGUCAUCUACUACGACGGCGCCGACGAGACGAAGCCGCCCCGGUCGACGGCGUGGCACAGGCCCGACCCGGGCACCUGCGCCAACGACGACCUGCGGCGGACGCGCCCCCGGAUGCGGCUCCCCUUGCCCGAGGCGGACCUCGCCUACGUGAUGGAGGCGAGGCUGUAUCGGAAUGCCACCGGGUCCAUGCUGUGGUCGCUCGACGGCGUCAGCUUCCGGGGCAACUACAACAGCCCGACGCUGCUCAUGUCGCACCUCGGCAACCUGUCCUUUGACGCGCAGUGGAACGUCAAGAAGACCGACGACGCCAAGAGCGUGCGCGUGCACGUCAAGAACACGUCGCCCGUCUCCCACCCCAUGCACCUCCACGGCUUCAACAUGUACGUCUUGAGCGAAGGGCUCGGCGAGUGGAACGGCAGCGUGGUGCAUGCGGAAAACCCGCAACGGCGCGACGUCGUGCAGCUGCGGGCCAACGGGUACCUCGUGGUGCAGUUCGACGCCGCCGACAACCCCGGCGUGUGGCCUCUCCACUGCCACGUAGCCUGGCACCUCUCGGCGGGCUUCAUGGCGCAGUUUGUGACGGGAACGACGGCGCUGGCGACGAUGCGGCCGCCGAGCGUCGUCGCCGAGACCUGCCGCCAGUGGGGGGCGUGGACGGAGACGAACAUACCGCACCAGAUCGACAGUGGCCUGUAG